AAACCCUAGAGAGAGAGAGAGAGAGGUCAGAGAGAGAGAGAGAGAGAGAUGGGACGUGUGAUUAGGGCACAGCGUAAGGGAGCAGGCUCCGUUUUCAAAUCCCACACUCACCACCGCAAAGGUCCGGCGAGGUUCAGGAGUCUCGAUUUCGGCGAACGGAAUGGUUACCUCAAAGGUGUUAUCACCGAAAUCAUCCACGAUCCCGGCCGUGGUGCUCCUCUUGCUCGCGUUAUUUUCCGACAUCCUUUCCGGUACAAGCAUCAGAAGGAACUCUUUGUCGCCGCCGAGGGGAUGUAUACCGGUCAGUUUGUGUUUUGUGGUAAGAAGGCUAAUUUGAUGGUCGGAAACGUGCUUCCUCUUAGAUCUAUUCCUGAAGGAGCUGUUGUGUGCAAUGUUGAACAUCAUGUCGGUGACCGUGGUUCGUUUGCUAGGGCUUCUGGUGAUUACGCGAUUGUUAUCAGUCAUAAUCCUGAUAACGGCACCACCAGGGUUAAGCUUCCAUCUGGUGCCAAGAAAAUCGUGCCAAGCGGGUGUCGGGCUAUGAUUGGGCAGGUUGCUGGUGGUGGACGUACCGAGAAGCCUAUGCUGAAGGCUGGUAACGCGUAUCACAAGUUCCGAGUCAAGAGGAACUGCUGGCCCAAGGUUCGUGGUGUGGCUAUGAACCCUGUUGAGCAUCCCCAUGGUGGUGGUAACCAUCAACAUAUUGGUCACGCAAGUACCGUUCGUCGUGAUGCACCACCCGGUCAAAAGGUUGGUCUUAUUGCCGCUAGGAGGACUGGUCGGCUCAGAGGUCAAGCGGCUGCAACUGCCUCCAAGGCCGACAAGUAAAACACCAUUUCGUUGGAUUAUGAUGGUAUGGUUUUUUUUUUGGAUAUUUUCGUUUCAAGAAUUACUGUUUCUGUGUGUUGGGUAUCGAGAAAUUAUCGUAGUUCAGUUUUGGCUUAAGUGUUACAUUUGAGGAUUAAUUUACAGAUUUGUGAUCCAUUACUGAUAGCUAUGCUAUUGUUUGUUUUAUC